UGCGGAGUCAGUGUUGUUGCACCGCGGAGCAGCGCAGCUCCCUGAGGUCCGCGAUCAUGGAGAAAAGUGGAAAAACGCACGGACUGAGAUCGGUGAACGCACGCACACAGAUUCGGACUGGACGUAGAAACGCCCCGGGAUUUUAAUCUCCCCGCGGAGGAUGGCAUUUUUCUGGACGUAACGCAGCGAAGUUACAGGAAUCUUUGUCCCCGGACUGAAGAAAAGACGAGUGGGCCUGAAAUCACACAGACGUCGGCUGAAGUUGAGCUACGGGCUGCGCUAGCCUGGUUAGCAUUUAGCUUACUGUGAAAUACCGAGUGUUUUAUCUGAUGGUGGAGUCUUGUUCGAGCGGGGAGCUCACCGCAGUGUGCACCGGCAGAUAACGUGUCGUCAGAGAUUUACUGCUUUUACACGUGGUUGUUUACGUUAGCAGCAGUGAUUAUAGCUAAACUAGCCAGCUAGCUCUCUGACAGUGCUAGCCUGUUGUUCCCUGCGAGGUGAAGAAGAAAGCUCCUGUGAAACAGGGACAAAAGAGAGAAUAAUACUGUCCUGGGACGGUAGUUAUCUGUGAACAAGGAGAGACAUUUCAGCAGAGACAUUUCAUCUUAAAAGACAAUAACCAUUAAUUGCCUCCCAGUUAAUUAUUAAUUCUAUUUUAGACAAUAAGCAUGUUUUUCUCCACGAGAGUCAUCCUGUCCGGAUAGAGCUCAAGUUAUACUUAGCUUGUCUGUGCUUUUGAUCUUUAAUAGAUUUUAAUCUCAUUAAGAUAAGGACCUUUUGGCUUUGGUUGUGGUUAUAUAAUUUAUAUAGCUGUCAGACUUUAGCACAGUCCUAGUUGUUUUAACUUGUUUAGUUUUUUCAGUGAGUUUGACCAAACCAACACAUUUCUCAUCUUCAACUUGAGCAGUAGGAAUGUUUUGUCUCAGAACCACACUUCUGGCAUCCACCUUGUUAUUCUGUGAGACUGUGGUUUGAGUUUGAAAAUUACCCACUCGCACACAACUUGGAAGACAUAAAGUAAACAGGCAAGAAAAGGACUGGAAACUGGAGGACCUCCAUUCAGCAACUAGUGGUACAACAGACACAAUCUUUGUUUUGGAUCACUUCAGAGGGACAACACACAAGGAGGGGUAGAGCUGUUAACCCUGUUGCUCAUCUUCAGCCUCCUUCGGCCCUGGUCUCAGAUGUGAGACAUGGGCAGCCAGGGAAGCCCGGUGAAAAGCUACGACUACCUGCUUAAGUUCCUUCUGGUUGGAGACAGCGAUGUGGGAAAAGGAGAGAUCCUGGACAGCCUGCAAGAUGGAUCGGCCGAGUCCCCAUAUGCUUAUAGCAGUGGUAUCGACUAUAAAACCACCACCAUUCUCCUGGACGGGAGAAGAGUGAAGCUGGAGCUCUGGGACACCUCAGGACAGGGGAGGUUCUGUACCAUUUUCCGCUCUUAUUCCCGCGGGGCUCAGGGGAUCCUGCUGGUGUAUGACAUCACCAACCGGUGGUCGUUUGAUGGCAUCGACAGGUGGAUCAGAGAGAUUGAUGAGCAUGCACCAGGCGUGCCUCGGAUCCUCGUCGGCAACCGGCUACAUCUGGCCUUCAAACGGCAAGUUCCCACUGAGCAGGCCAGGGCAUAUGCCGAGAAGAACGGCAUGACGUUCUUCGAGGUGAGCCCUCUGUGCAACUUCAACGUCAUCGAGUCCUUCACAGAGCUAUCUCGUAUCGUCCUGAUGAGGCACGGCAUGGAGAAGUUCUGGAAGCCCAACAGAGUCUUCAGCCUCCAGGACCUCUGCUGCCGAGCCAUUGUGUCAUGCACCCCAGUCCACCUCAUCGACAAGCUCCCGCUGCCUGUUGCCAUUAAGUCCCACCUCAAAUCCUUCUCCAUGGCCAACGGCAUGAACGCCGUCAUGAUGCAUGGACGCUCUUACUCUCUGGCCAACCCAGCCGGCGGCUCUAAAGGCAACAGCCUGAAGCGCUCCAAGUCCAUCCGUCCACCGCAGAGCCCCCCGCAGAACUGCACCCGCAACAACUGUAAAAUCUCCUAAUUCACAGCUUCACCGAGGGGUCUUUAGAAAAGGCAACGAAUGAAUGGGAUCAGGAGAUGGAUGUUCAGAGUGAUGUAAGUUGGACGGAAAGAGCACAACCCUGAAGAUGAAGAGCAGCAAUGAUGCAUAAAGGGAUGAAUGAUCACCACCUCCCACCUUCAUGAGUUGGUCCAGGUGGAGAAGCUGGAAUGAUUCCUCAGGAUAUCAGAGGAGGACGACUACAAACUGACUGGUCUCUCCUGACCUGAUUCUCACUUUAUCCAAAUCAUAAAAAGAGAGAAAAGACUCCAGAUCCACUUCCACCUGCUUGAGUGUUAACUACGUGUACAGAAAUGCCUCACCUACUCUUGUUUAGUUACUCUACAUGAUGCACGCCACUCGCCAUGUCUCUGUAUCACAGACUUCACCUCGAUAUCAACUCUUUAUUCUUGCACAUUUAUUUCUUGCCUCUGUCUGUCUGCUUAUAAUUCCACCUUUUUAUCUCCCCACCUCCGUUCAUUUGCUGUUUUAUUGGCCAAUAAGCUAACGAUCCAGACACUAGUAUCCAGUUCUUUAUCAGUCCACUACUGAUUGAACCAUAGACUGUUGAAGUAGAAAUGGACGAAGACUCCAGUUCCACAGAGCGAAGCCAAUGGUCAAGUGCCUGAAACCUGUAUUCUCUCAAAUGACCAGAAGAGGGCAACAAAGAUGUCAAUUUAUAUAUGAGCCUACUUCUCACUUAAUGUAUUAUAUCAGUAAAGUAGUAGUGUUGCUCUCGAUCUCUAGUUUCAAGUCUUCUUCAGUACAGCAUGCUGAUCUUUUUUUUGUAAAUUAUGUUCCCAUUUGCACCAUAUUUCAGGCAUGGAUACCCCGUGAUUGACAGCUAGUACCGUCCAAUGGGUGCAAGUCGCAGGUGUUGCUGGGCAUGCAGUGUACACAAGCUCACAGUCAGGCUCCACCCCCAACUCCUCUAGAUAUGGUCACCUCUGCUUCCGAAAAACCGUAAUGCCAAACUUCAAAAUUUCAGCUCACAAACCAAUCACAAAAGUGAAGCCACAUCUUGUUGAUCGCCCCCUGGUGGCAUGCUGCAGCAUAGGCCAUCCAUAAAAAGACGUCAUGAUUGACAUUGGUCGAUCCUCUGUAUUAGAGGGAACUAGUGGCACCACCCCACGAUCAUUGACUCUGACUCUAAAUGAUGUCAAAAGGGCAAGAUGGCAGCGUUAGCCUCCAAGAUAUUUGGCUUCAUUUCUGAAUAGUGGGAGGAAGUGGAGCGUCGUCCAUCUUUAUGCACAGUCUAUGGUCUGAACACUCACUGUGCUUUGGAGUUUAAAACAUUUGUGUGUUCUAUAACCAACACUUGCUGAAGUGAAAUCUUGGCAACAAGUUGAGUGAGCGUUGAAGUUGAAGCUGAGGUUGUGAAACGCGACAAUACCCGAACCAGGUCUCAGGUCCAGAUGUGUGCGUGUGACUUGAGUCUCACUUUACUUGCCAGAGCUUUCGAGUCAGUUUUAAACACAACACAUGUAUUUUUAACGAGUGGAGCAGAUUUUGGUUUUAAAUAUCACUCUGUGGUUUACACAGUCUACUUCCACAGGGGAUUCACUGAAGUUUGUUGCUGUGGAAACCACUGCAUU